AUGGCACAUCCCUCACAACUAGGAUUCCAAGACGCGGCAUCACCCGUUAUAGAAGAGCUUCUUCACUUCCAUGAUCACGCUUUAAUAAUCGUAUUCUUAAUUAGUACUUUAGUGCUUUAUAUUAUUAUUGCAAUAGUAUCAACAAAACUUACAAAUAAGUAUAUUUUAGACUCCCAAGAGAUCGAGAUUGUAUGAACUGUAUUACCAGCCGUAAUUCUUAUUUUGAUUGCCCUCCCCUCUUUACGAAUUCUUUACCUUAUAGAUGAGAUUAAUGACCCCCACCUAACAAUUAAAGCCAUGGGACAUCAAUGAUACUGAAGCUACGAAUACACUGACUAUGAAAACUUAGGCUUUGACUCGUAUAUAAUCCCAACCCAAGACCUUAACCCAGGACAAUUCCGACUUCUUGAAACCGACCACCGAAUAGUUAUCCCUAUAGAAUCCCCCAUCCGAGUACUUGUAUCCGCUGAAGACGUAUUACAUUCUUGGGCUGUUCCAUCCCUUGGAGUGAAAAUAGAUGCGGUCCCAGGGCGUCUUAAUCAAACAGCCUUUAUUGCCUCUCGACCGGGGGUAUUUUAUGGACAAUGCUCCGAAAUCUGUGGAGCAAACCACAGCUUCAUACCUAUUGUAGUGGAAUCAGUUCCACUUGAACACUUUGAAAACUGAUCCUCACUAAUACUAAAAGACGCCU